AUGGCCGACCAAGCAGACGCCCCAAGCACCAACAAGGCCUUCGUGCCACUGGAAAACAACCCCGAGGUCAUGUCGCACCUGGUGCACCAACUCGGCCUCUCGCCGGCCCUCGGCUUCACAGACGUCUACUCCAUCGACGAGCCCGACCUCCUCGCCUUCGUGCCGCGCCCCUCGCACGCCCUCCUCCUCGUCUUCCCCGUCUCGCAGACCUACGAAUCCUCGCGCCUCGCCGAAGACAGCCAGCUCCCCGAAUACACGGGCCGCGGGGCCGGCGAGCCAGUGCUUUGGUUCAAGCAGACGAUUCGCAACGCGUGCGGGCUGAUCGGCCUCCUGCACGCCGUAGCCAACGGCGAGCCCCGUAAGCACGUCGUGCCUGGGUCGGAUCUGGACAGCCUGCUGCGCGAGGCGGAGCCGCUGGCGCCCGUGCCGCGCGCGGACCUGCUGUACGAGAGCAAGGCGCUGGAGAGCGCGCAUGCGGACGCGGCGCGCCGCGGCGAUACGGCGGCGCCCCAGGCGGAGGAUAACGUUGAUUUGCAUUUUGUGGCAUUUGUGAAAGGCGCGGAUGGUAGGUUGUGGGAGUUGGAUGGGCGGCGGAAGGGCCCAUUGGAGCGGGGUGUCCUCGGCGAGGAUGAGGAUGCCCUCAGUGAGAAGGCGCUGGAGCUGGGUGUGAGGCGGUUCUUGAAGACGGAGGCUGCGGGUGGGAAUCCGGAUCUGAGGUUCAGUCUGGUUAGUUUGGGGGCGGUGUUUGAUUAA